UUUCACGGGAUUCUUUAAUAAAACAUGCGUUCUCCCAUUAAUUUGCGAAAACGCGGUGAGCGAUAUUUUGCUGACGGCCUUCAACGGUAUUCUAGUUUAGUGUUGCCGCCCUUAUUCAUUGCGACUAGUAGGUUUAUAACUCUGACGAGAAGGAAGAGAUGGGAGAAAUUCUCCGUGCAAAUUGACUAACAUUGCUGGUUCGGUGCGAGACGCGUAUCUGGAAACGCUCUCGUAGUUGCGCCUUCACGACGCAACAUUAAUUUAUAUAUCAAUAUAAAUAUUAAAUAAUCAGAAAAGUUACGAGUGGACAUAUGUAGCCUAUAUAAGCUUAUAUGCCGAUGGUAUAGUCGCAUCUCUACUUUAUAUAAGGAUAGUGUUUCCUUAUUGUGCUUAUAGUUAAUAUUUUGUCCAUACUUGUCGCUGAAAUCGUACACGAUUCGAACGAAAGAUGGUGCUCGUAUGAAAAUCAAUUUCUGAGAUUAUUGGCAAUAAAAGGUUAUGUUUUAUAGAAUGACGUUAUGAGUACACGUUUCUACAAGUUCUUAUAACGCAAUUUUAUAAUAAAUAUGUUAAAAUGGAAAAGCCCUGUCGAACGUGCACUGACUUUAAAACAUGGGUAAAGUUACAGCAGCAAAUUUUUGAUUCAGGAAAGAAUGAUGCUCAAAAGCAGCAAGCAAAUAAUACUAGUACAAACAUUACUACUACUCAACGUGAUGAUUGUCCGUUAACUAGAGAUGAAAUAGGUUCAAAAACAUGGGCAUUUUUACAUACAAUGGCAGCCCGCUAUCCUGAUCAUCCAAGUGAAGAACAAAAAAGUGAUAUGAAAAAAUUCAUGUAUAUAUUUUCUAAGUUUUAUCCCUGCCACACUUGCGCAGAAGAUUUUCAAGAACAAUUAAAAAAUAUGCCACCACAAACUGACUCACAGAAAAUCUUGAGUCAAUGGCUAUGUGCUGUUCAUAAUAAGAUUUAUCUUGAAGUUGUAAAUACACGAAUAAAUACCUACAAAGAUAUUGGUAGGCAAUACAGAAACAUCAAAGAUAUAUUCACAGUUACACAAGAUUAUAUAAAUGUUUGUUUAUAUGGAUUUAAUACAAUAUACAUUUUUAUGAACACUAUUUUUAGAAUAAGAGGAAGAGAUAAUAACAAUUAUGAGAUUGUGAAUGCUGUAACUACUUUUCGGAAUCGAGGCUCAUAACUGUGAUUUUGUCCAUUACCGCCAACUGGAACUACUUGGCAUGUUCUAAUAUGAAAUGGAAAACGCGAAUUUGCAAUAGUAGGCCGUGUAACGUAAAGAAAUGUUGCAUGCCCCACAAGAACAAUCCAAAGAGAGCAUCCUCUUACCACACUCUCCCUUAUCCACUUGUCUACAAGCACAGUAAUACACAGUACCUGUGAAAUCGACAAAGCAUCUUUGUAUUUUCUAUGUAUAUAGUAAAGCAUGUCUAUGGAAUUAUUAAUAGUUAGCAUUAAUUAGUUAGCAUAUAAUUAGUUAGCAUUUUAUAUAUAUAUAUAUUUAUUAUUUGCUUAUGUGUUUGAAUAAGUUUAAUUAACUACCGUCAAUGGAUGACAUAAGAACCAUGCUGAUCCUAAAGAAAGUAGAGAUGCAUAAAAAUGGACUUUUUUUGUCAUCUUCUUAGUUGUUUUAAAACAACGAAGAACAAAUAUAAUCCAUGCAAUCAAUUUCAAUGCUACUAGUCCAUAACCUGGUGGUGAUUCAUAGAUAUAAAGGACUAAACCAGGAUCAAAGAUCUCAAAUUGAUACAUAUAUAACGCCAGCUGACAAGCUGCACUAAGACAAAUGAAAUAUGUAAGCCAUCGAAUUUGUUUAGGUGUUAAUGCACUUUUAGUGAUAGUGUAGCCGAAUGCUAACAGUAGCAUAAGCACUGUAUAUAAAGUUUCUGAACAUGCUUCUAAAAGAUGACCCACUAAAGAAGCACUAGUUAUAAAAACUCCUUUCAAUGCGAGAUUAAAAUAACUGUAAAUUUCUAAUAAAAUGCCCAUUAGCUGACAUAGAA